ACUUUUUGUCUGUGCUGUUUGUCAUCAUUGCAUUUGUAGAUAAAAGUUUAGGUGUGGUAAAGUGAUUGAAUAAAAUACUUUUGCAACGAUGUCGGCUACUUUAAAGCCUUAUUUAACGGCUGUACGCCAUACACUCACAUCUGCUAUGUGUUUGGAACAUUUUUCAUCGCAGGUAGUCGAAAGAUAUAACAAACCAGAGGUGGAAGUUGGAACAAGCAAAGAAUUGUUAUUGAACCCUGUGAUCAUAUCACGGAACGCUAACGAGAAAGUGCUAAUAGAAUCGUCUAUUAACUCUAUUAGAAUAAGUAUUAUGAUCAAACAAGCAGAUGAGAUUGAGAAGAUUUUGUGUAAAAAGUUUAUGCGUUUCAUGAUGAUGAGAGCGGAAAACUUUAUCGUACUUCGGCGGAAGCCGGUGGACGGCUAUCACAUCAGUUUCCUGAUCACGAAUUUCCACACUGAACAAAUGUAUAAACACAAAUUGGUUGACUUUGUGAUAUACUUCAUGGAAGAAAUUGACAAGGAGAUAAGUGAAAUGAAGCUCGCAGUGAACGCGCGCGCGAGAAUUUGCUCAGAAGAAUUCUUGAAAAGAUUCUAAUGUAAACUCUCUAUAAAUGUAUGACUCAUGUGUAACAUACUUGUAAAAUUCCAAUUGUAAGCUCGCCAAUUUGUUAUGAAUGAAAGACUGUUUUUGUGCUCUGCAGUAUAUAUCAGUAUUUAGUUGAGAUGUAUUGCAUUUGUAAUUUCUUUAUUUAUUGUUAUUUUACAAUGUUGUAUAACAGUGAUUAAGAUUAAGAUAGUAAUCACUCUUUGCAGUAACUAUAGUAGUCUGGUAAUAAAAUACGAGAAUAGAAUUAGCAAAAAUUGGUUAAAUAGUACCAGGAAAAACUAGAUUUAUAACAAUACUCUGAAAUUUAAUGCAUGUAUAUUUGGAAAAAUUAUGUAGCCAUCCGUAUUUGAAGCUUACCAAUCAGGUUACUUCUCAUAUAAUUUCAGGGUAUGCAUUUUAUUUUUUAAUAAAAAUUUAUUUA